AGUACAGCUAUAAAUCUAUCUCUGACUUUUGUCUCUCCAUUCCUUCUUCUCUAGUCGACUCUUGAGCUUUACAUCGACUCCACCGUCGUCGAUGGAAGAUUACAGCCGAAAACGAUCGUACGGAAACGGAGAGAUGCAGAUCCAGCCGUACAACGGAGGUUCCCGCGAUUUCCGCAGCUACAGCGCUUCUUACGGACAGACCCAGAUGGAUAACCCUAACCCUAACCCGAACGAUUUCGAGAUGAAGAAGGGGAAAUCGUUUUCCGGGUCGAAAUCGUGGAGACUAUCAGACCCGGAAUUCGGCCGGAAGAAACGGGUCGCGGGCUAUAAGAUGUAUACUGCCGAAGGAAAGGUCAGAGGCUCGCUGAGGAACAGCUUCCGAUGGAUCAAGCGGAGGUGUUCGCAGGUCGUCGAUGGUUGGCUGUGAAUCUUUUUUUUUUUACUUUUGAUUUUUCUUUUCUGGGUUUGAUUUUGAUUUGAUCCUCGAGUAAUUAUUCUGUUCUCUGUGUCGUAAUUAAUCUCUCCAACAGUGUCGGCUAUUCAUUUUGCCAGCAAUUUAAGGUUCACUUGUCGGAUUUCCAGUUGUUUCUUUCCGACAUAAAUUACAGGAAAGAUGAUAACUUUUGA